AUGGCUACUAAUGAGACUUCUAUUAAUGAUUUUACCACACCCAAGAUGUCUACCACUGUACAUGUAACCACUGCCACCACCAAGAUGGCUACUUCCACAUUCAAGAUGGCUUCUUCAGGAUUCAAAACCAUGACCUACAAUCCUAAUAUGCCGCUUGAAAUGGCAGAGGAUUUACCACCUUCUGUUGGUAUGAUUAUUCAACUUAUACAAAAUUUGAGAGUGGAUUUAAAGAAUGACUUUAGAAAAGAUUUUGACACUAUGUACGGAGUUUUAGAAAACAUUGGUCAACGUACAGAAGAUGUUGAAUACAGAAUGCAGGUGCAAGAACAAUCACAUUUAGAUCUGGUUAACACUGUGAAGGAACUUCAGAAACAGGUCAACUUGUAA